AGGCGGGUUUUUCCUGUUUGAAGGGAUACGUGUGUUGCUAUGGUUGAAAAUGUCUCCUUAACAACCGGACUAAAAGUGGAGUAAACUUCGGUUGUAUUACCAAACGCUGUGGGGUGGAAUGGCAGAGACUGCAGAGAGCAAGAAAGAAGAGGCAGACUACAAAAGACUGCACAGCUUUCCUCUUAUCAGGCACACAGACAUGCCAGAGGAGAUGAGAGUGGAGACAAUGGAGCUCUGUGUCACAGCCUGCGAGAAGUUCGCCACCAACAAUGAGAGUGCAGCGAAGAUGAUCAAGGAGUCGAUGGAUAAGAAGUUUGGCAGCUCGUGGCACGUGGUGAUCGGCGAGGGCUUUGGCUUCGAGGUGACACACGAGGUGAAGAACCUGCUCUACAUGUUCUUUGGAGGAAGCCUGGCCGUGUGUGUCUGGAAGUGUUCCUAGCAUCAACAACCACACUCUAUCUAUCCAUCUAAUCAUCUCUCUCUCUCUAUUGGUUAGCUUUUUCUGUCUUAUUCUCUCCCCGUCUGAAUUGAUUUGCCAUAUUCUGUCCAAUAUUACUUCUUCUUAAAUUGCUUUGUGUGUAUGUGUGUAUGUGUGUGUGAAUUCACUUUGACACAAAUGAAAUGCAGCCAGGGUCUCCAAUACCCUUAUCCCUACAUGUUGCUCAAGAACUGUAAAUGGGUGCUGUGUGUGUGUGUGUGUGUGUGUGUGUGUGUGUGUGUGUGUGUGUGUGUGUGUGUGUGUGUGUGUGUGUGUGUGUGUGUGUCUGUGUCUGUGUCUGUGUCUGUGUGCUGGACACACAUUUUUGUAAAAGCAUUUCUCAACGACCUCCUUAGUUUAAGCAGAUUUUGUGUCACAGUGAAUUUCCGGACCAUCUGCAGUCAACACGGCACACUCUCUCUCUCUUUUUCUCUCCCUCUUUCUUCUCAUUCACUCCAUCCAAUAUCUUUUAGUAUUUUAUAAUUGUAAGUAUGUGUAAAUACUUUAAUGCCGAUUAGAUUUUUAAAAUGUUUUAGUUUUUUUAAUGCAAUGUCUGAUUGUUAGGUGGACAGAAACAAUGGAACAUUCCAGUACAGAUACAGUACAUACAACUUUUGUUGAAACAAUUUGUUAGUAUUUGUAGCUGACAGAUUGAUAUUGGCAAUGUGAUUGAUCUGAAGUUGGUCUCAGCCUCUGUUUGAAAUGAACUGAUUGUGUAAUAAAACCUGAAUUGUACUGAGAAACAUA